AUGGCGCCUCCGCGGGUUGGCCGCGCCGCCGUGCACGGUCUGAGGGUAGGAGCAGGUGUUUUGGACUCUGCAUAUUACACUGAUCUACUAGUGAAUGUUGUUGAGGAAUCUCAAGAUCCCACACCUCCUAUUGAUGCAAGAAGCCAUCAUGGACGUGCAACAGCCAAGAGUACUCAGGGUAGAAGCAAAAAUUUUAGAGACAAGGAGGAUAUUUUGCUUGUGUCCGCUUGGCUGAAUGUGGGCAUGGAUCCUAUUCAAGGAGUUGAUCAAAGUCAUGGAACACUUUGGACAAGGAUACAUGAGUAUUUCAAUGAUAACAAGACGUUCGAGUCGAAUCGUUCUGAAGGAUCUUUGAUGAAUCGUUGGUCCGUUAUACAACAUGAUGUCAAUGUUUUUUGUGGUUGUCUGUCCAGGAUUGAGGCUCGAAACCAUAGUGGUUGGUUAGUUGAUGACAAGAUUGCAAAUGCUUGUGCAAUGUUCAAGGCCGAAGACCCGAAGGAGAGGAAGUUCUCAUACUUGCAUUGCUGGAAGAUUCUGAAGGACAAGCCCAAGUGGAUGGAUAGGCGCAAAGAAAUUGGCAAUGCAAAGAAGACAAGUUGUAAGAAACAGAAGACAUUGGCUACUUCUCCUACACCAUUUGCCGCUCCAGAUGGCCCUGUUGCUGUUAUAAAUCAGGAUGGUGAACAAGCAGCAAGACCUGAGGGUAAGAAGAAAGAGAAACAGAAGCUACGACAACGUUCGACCAUAGAAGCAGUGGACUAUUUAAUGGAAAAGAAGAAAGAAGCUGAUCACGAUAAAGAGUUGAAGAAAGAAGUGAGGUGCAACAAAGCCUUUGCUCUCCAGGAGGAAAGGAUCAAAUUAGAGAAAGAAAAGUUUGAGUUCCAAAGACAAAUGGAAGAGGAGAGAAUUCUUGGUUUGGAUUUGAGCACCAUGAACUACAAACAACAACAAUAUUAUGAAAGGCGUCAGAAUGAGAUUCUUGGCAGAUGCUUUAAUAUAUAG